GCCUUGACACUAUUAUCCGCCAUGUGUCCAAUCCUUCUCAUAAGCGCACACGAAACCAAAUUCCGGGUUUCUUGAAGCGGCUACACUUCAUGCUUACGUAGGUUGAAUCUCUAUUCAUGUACCCGCAUAAUACACUUUUUCAAAGAUUCAAUUAAGAAGUUUUGAACUUCAUCCUCUUCUCUCAUGCAGAUAACAAGCACAUACCUCGGGAUGACAAAUUUUGUGCUUCAAUUUCUGAUAAUAAGCUUUCCACAUUGAAUUCAGCCUCUAACGUUGUAUUAGAGGGGAAUUGGGUGUCCCAUUACCAGAAAUUAUAUGGACUUUAAUCUAUCCCUUUCACAGACUUAAUCACCAAGUCACUAGUUAACCACUUCGUCAAAUGCUCAACCAAAUUAAUUUGAGUUUGGUCAUACUGUCUAGACACAACACUAUGAAUGAUCAGUUCACAGCUUUUACCGUGCCAUACUCCCACAUGACUGUACUUAUCAUUUUCACUUGACUAUAUGCCUUAGCCAAAUUAGCAUUACUAUCACAAAAGAUAGUAAUAGGUGAGUGACUUGACUCUACUGUCACCCUAGGAAUUGGCCAAGUGAAACCACUUCCUAAAGCGUAGUAUAGCGGGUUAGGUUUAUAUGUCAACCCGGGUCCUAGAUUUGAUGACUACUCAGUGAAUUCUUGUUAUCUAGCAAUGAAACUGGAAUGCAAGUCUAAACUACCAAACAAACAAAGCAAGUAAACUGUUGUAUUCAGGUUAAGAGAGGUCACCCGGAUAUGGUUCCCCCUAGACUGCAGUUAAGCCGGAUUGUAAUUACCAAGUUCAGUUUCUAUGAUGGUUAUACUGCGGAAGGUUCUUAACCAGCUUGAAGUCUCGACUAAAGGUCUUCAGACCCUCUCAAUCUGACUCUCUAGCGGGCGACUAACCUCCACCGGAGUAGACAGAUUGAGGCCCUAAGAACAAAACCUCCACUACCGGAGUAAAUCCGGUACAGAAUAGUGAGUUGGCUCCUCGACUAAAGUCACCAACUCCCUACCUUCAAUCAAGGAUACUCUAUUAACCUAGGCAGAUAUUCUCAUUCUAGGUUAAAGCAGAAACAACAGGAAUUUGAUCAGGAUUCAAGUCAUUCAAUCAUUAAAACCUCAAUUGAAUAUAAUCAAUCAUAGAAUCAGUACUUGGGUUCAUACAAUCAAAGCCUAACAUACAAAUCUAGGGUUCUCCAUACCCAGAUGAAUGGGAGAACUACUCCAUGGAGAAGAAAGCAAAAGCAGAAUCAGACACGGAAUUCAUACUGCGAAGGACGGAUUCCGGCUCCUGGACGUUGAUUGGCACUUCUCCAAGCUCAAGCUGGCCUCCAAUGGUGUUGAAGAUCAAUCUAGGGCACUUGGGAAUUCUUGCUCGUCACUUUCUCUCUCUAGGAAUCGCUCUCUUUCUAAAAAACCCGAAUCUCCUCGAAUUGUGUUUGAAAAUCUGCUUAAAAGGAGAAAAUCCCGACUCACACGGCCAGGGUGGCACGGCCGUGCAGCUCACCCAGUUGCCCGUGUCAGUCAAAACGCUGCGUUCCAAUUAGUUCGAAUUCCAGGCUCUUUGCACAGCCAGGGUGGCACGGCCGUGUGAUCUUCCCUUCCUGCCCGUGUCUGCUCUCGCAGAAUGUGGCACGGCCAAACUGGUCACAAACACGGCCGUGUGGGUUGUCUGUUCUGCCCGUGUCUGCUCUCGCACAAUCCCACACGGCCAGACCGGCCACUUGCACGGCCGUGUGAACAUCAGGGCAGCCCGUGUGACCUCCUUUGUGACUUGUCUCUCGCCCGAUCUUCGCCCAAUCGACCCCGAACUCGCUCCUAAACCUUCAUUCACUUGCCAGGACCUGAAAUAUCACAAACAAGUACAACCUAGCGUGAAAUCGGUCUAAAACACGAGAAACCACAUCUCAAACGGUGUAAGAACAGGGGUGAAAACAUGUGUAACUAACGGUCUAUCAGUGAGAUUGGUUUAGGCCAUAAAUAUAUGUCAUAAACCAAACCUCUCAACAAUUAUGUCUCUUCUCUAAGAGAAAUCAAGGCCACACAAACUUUGAUUCCAUAGUGAAACUUAGUGAUGCAAGUUUACUUUCUAGAGGCCCAAAUUAUGGCACCUCUCCCAAGCAAGAGGAUCCAUCUCAAUGUUGAAGUAUCACCUUUAAAACGAGAAAUCCAACUAACAUCAACAAAUCCUUUCCAAAAUUGAUGGAAAUCCAUUAUAAGUCAAUACAGUGUGCCUUUGACAUAUCCUAGUACACGCCUCAUUUCAUUUCAAAUGAUGAGAACUAGGAUUCAUCACGUACCAACUUAAUUGUUCUAUCGCAUAUGCGAUAUCUAGCAUCAUGUAAGUCAUGCAUACAUCUCCAGUUGUAAAACUGAUUUCCAGUAUUAACCAUAAGUUCCAUACUUGGAUCCAUUGGGGUCUUUAACUCACUACAAUUCCUACUAUGGAAUUUAUGCAAGUACCUUCUCAUGCAGAAAAAUUGAGAGAAGGACUCUUCUUUGUCGUUCCGCUUGAUUCAAUACACAGAAUCACAUUUGCCUCCCCCAUGUCCUACAUGGAGAAUUGAAAUAACAAAUUUUUAUCAAAGUUCACUUAUCUUUUAUUGGCUCCAAAGAUAAGCAUGUCUUAUACAUACAAAUGUACGAUGACUUCAUUACCAGAAUCAUCAUAAAUUGUGUACACAUUUUGUCUCUUUGGUUUAAAAUAACAUAAACCACUUGACAAAAUCACUUAUCUUUAAUUGGUUCCAAAGAUAAAUAUGUCAUCUACAUACAAACAAGAAUCGAUUACCAGAAUCAUCAAACAUUGUAUAUACAAUUUUGUCUCCUUGGUUUAAAAUAACAUAAACCACUAGACAAAAUCAAACCACCAAACCACUAGACAAAUUCAAAUUUAUCUAGAAUUUCGUAAAUGUCGAAUAGAGAAUUAGACUAAUUAACCCUUGAGUAUGUAACCUACACAAAGGCAAUUGUCAUUCUUCUAUUUCUCCAUUUUUACGAAUCAUUCUCCUUCUUCCUCAUCUUCGAAUCAUCCCUCUUCCAAGUUACCUUCCGGAUAUAGAAUACACCAUGAGACGAGUACGAAGAAAACCCAUCUUCUACUGCCAUCGAUGAAAAACCCAUCAUCGAAAAUUCUCAUAAUUCCAUAGACCGGAACCAGUUUCUAGUAAAGAGCGGUUCGAGCCAUCGUACCGGAAAUUAUUCUUUUCGAUUGUUGGGAAUUUUGGGACGAGGGUAUACGUACGAUAGCCCGAUACCGGGUGACAAGGAUUAUGUUAGAGUCGUGAACUACGUUCACUUUCCGAAAAGAAUAUUUCCACCCUCAACAAGCCUAGGGUUACAGGAAAUUUCUCCCGAGGAUAAAACUAUCACCACUUUAGGUUCCAAGCUCAAGAACACUAAAGUAUACUUAGAAAUUUUUGGAAGAAAGAAGAAGAAUAUGUUUGAUGGUAUGUGGCACCAUCCACUCCACCCAUAUAUUUAUAGGGGCCGAAUCCAUGCAUUGUUAUACGAAAGGUUGCCUUUAUCCAUACGAAAGGUUGCCUUUAUCCAUAUGAAAGGUUGCCUCUAUCCAUAUGAAAGGUUAUCCUUAUCCAUAUGAAGGGUUGCUUCUAUCCAUAAGGUUAUCCUUAUCCAUAAAAUAAAGCAACCGCCACUAGGCCAAAGGGAUAUGUCCCUUCACGGAAUUAGAAUAUCGGUUCGGUCGGUCUAAUCCCAAACCAGUUGGUCGGUCCAACCCAAAACCGGUUUGACUUGGUUAGUCCGGUUCAACCAAAUUUCCAACAACCAUCACAGAUUUCGGGCGAUUUAUCUGAAAUGCCAAUUUCUUUCGAUUGUGGAGGCUACAUAUCACAGAAUCUGGCCGAGGCUACUAUCCACCGAUAAUGAAGUCUAUUGAUCCUAUUCUCCACGGAUGAUAAGUCCGUUAAGCAUCGAUUUGCGCAAAUUUAUUUUUGGAUGGCAUUUUCGUAAUUUCUUGGCCGACGAAAAUCCAUAUUUUUUGAAUAUUGAAGGCUACAGAUAACGGAUUUGCCCUGAGGCUAUUCUCCAAUGACCAUUGAGUCCAUUAAGCAUCGAUUUGGGCGGAUUUAUUCCGGGUCUAUUUUUGGCUGAUUCCAAAGGGGUACCAUCACAGAUUUCGGGCGAUUUAUCCGAAAUGCCAUUUUUUUCGAUUCUGGAGGCUUCAGAUCACGGAAUCAGGCCGAUGCUAUUAUCCACCGAUAAUGAAGUCUAUUGAUCCUAUUCUCCACGGAUGAUAGGUCCAUAAAGCAUCAAUUUAGACCAAUUUAUUUCGGAUGGCAUUUUCGCAAUUUCUUGGGCGACGAAAGCCCAAUUUCUUUGAAUAUGGAAGGCUACAGAUCCGAAUUCGGCCUGAGGCUAUUCUCCAACGAUGAUUGAGUCCAUUAAGCACUGAUUUGGUAGGAUUUAUUCCGGGUCGAUUUUUGGCAGAUUCCAAAGGGGUACCAUCACAGAUUUCGGGCGAUUUAUCCGAAAUGCCAUUUUCUUUCGAUUCUGGAGGCUACUUAUCACGGAAUCUGGCCGAGGCUAUUAUCCACCGAUAAUGAAGUCUAUUGAUCCUAUUCUCCACGGAUGAUAAGUCCGUUAAACAUCGAGUUGGGCCAAAUUAUUUUCGGAUGGCAAUUUCGUAAUUUCUUGUGCGACGAAAUUCCAAUUUCUUUGAAUAUUGAAGGCUACAGAUCACGGAUUCGGCCUGAGGCUAUUCUCCAACGACGAUUGAGUCCAUUAAGCACCGAUUUGGGUGGAUUUAUUCCGGGUCAAUUUUUGGCAGAUUCCAAAGGGGUACCAUCACGGAUUUUACGCGAUUUAUCCGAAAUGCCAUUUUCAUUCGAUUCUGGAGGGUACAGAUCACGGAAUAAGCCCGAGGCUAUUAUCCACAGAUAAUAAAGUCUAUUUAUCCUAUUCUCCACGGAUGUUAAAUCCGUUAAGCAUCAAUUUGGGCCAAUUUAUUUUUGGAUGGCAUUUUCGUAAUUUCUUGGCAAACGAAAGUCCAAUUUCUUUGAAUAUUAAAGGCUACAGAUAUGA